ACUGCAACACCUCAGUUCAGUGGCAAGUUUACAAUCAAACUGAACGUCGUUUCUUCCGAAAAGUACAUAUUUUAAUAAAUUUGAGCCAAAAGCAAGAACCGAGAUAUUGUUGAAUCACAGAAAAUAAGCAAUAAUUAAAAUGGGAAGAGGAGGCAAGAAGAAGGACAAGAAGAAGGAGGAGGGUGAAUUAUCGGCUGCUGACAUGAGUCUGAGCGAGCCAUCAUCCUCUUCUGUACCAACAUCAGACGAAAAACCAAAAGAACAGGAAAAACCAAAAGAAGAGGAAGACUAUGAAGGCGGCCUGGGGGUUCCAAAAAGCAGGAAGCGUAGACCGAGGAAGAAGCCUUCAGCAGCGGCGGUCGAAGCUGCCGCAGCCGCCGCAGCCGCCUCUUCUGCUUCCACCUCCGCGAUACCAACGACACCUACCGGCCCUGUAACCCCCCAAAUCCAAAGUGCUCCCCAGACUCAAAGUACCCCCCAGACUCAAAGUACCCCCCAAACUCCAUAUUCCCCUCAGAGUUCUUUCACUAUGCAGUCUCCUCAAGAUGUAGGAGAAGCGGCUGGCCCAUGGGGCAGACGAAGCAUGCCCGUUAGCCAAGACGUGAGACGCAGCUUGGCGUUCAGUCAAGGCGAGCAAACAGGGUUCCCGGGCCCCCAAACAGGACCCCCGGGAUUCUCAGGCUCUCAAACAGGACCCCCGGGAUUCUCAGGCUCUCAAACAGGACACCCAGGGUUCUCAGGCCCUCAAAGUCCUCCAUACCUUCAAAGCCCCCCACGGCUCCAGACUCCCCCACGCCAUCAGACUCCCCCACGCCAUCAGACUCCCCCUCGGCUUCAGACUCCCCCUCGCCUCCAGACUCCCCCUCGCCUCCUGACUCCCCCUCGGCUCCAGACUUCCCCACAAUACCAAAGCCCUCCCAUAUAUCCUGGCCCGUCUACCUCUCAAUCGCCCAUGCAACCUGGUCCAGCACCAACCUUUUCACGUAGUGGGAGCCAAGUUGGUGGACAAACACCAGAGGAGCGUAAAUCAAGCGGAACAAUAUGCCGUUUCAAGAUACCACGGAAAAUCGAGGGCAGAUCUGUGCCGGCAGAUAUAGUGAUGGUCCACACAAAUUACUUGGAGAUGACCUUUAAGAAUUUGAAUAUUUCCCGUUACGAUGUAUCAUUCAAACCGGAAAUCAAGAAGCUAUUGCCGAAGGCGUUCGAAGAAAUCAAAAAUAAACAUUUCUCUAAUUCUUUGAUAGCUUUUGAUCAAGUAAAAAAUUGUUACUCGCUGACACCUCUCCCAGGAGUUGGGGAAACUGAGAGAUUCUCCACGGCCGUUGAAGUACAAGAUAACCACGGAAGAAAAGUGAAAUUUGAUGUGGCCUUUAAGUUUACCGGCGAAGUGCCUUUUAGCAAAAUCAGAAAUUAUAUGACGACUGGCGGCACUUCACUUAACCCGCCAAGUGAAGUGAUUCAAUGUAUCGAUGUUAUUUUGCGGCAGGGCGCCUUGGAGGCCUAUGUAAAGGCAGGCAGGCAGUUUUUCAAGAGGCCGCGACAGCCUAUCGACCUUGGCUUUGGUCUUGAAAUGUGGACGGGCUUGUUCCAGUCCGCCAUAUUCACUUCGAAAUCUUUCAUCAAUAUUGAUGUUGCCCACAAAGGGUUUCCUAAGGCCCAAAACUUGGUAACAACGUUGAUAGAUGAUUUCAAACUAGAACCAACAAUGGAACUAGAAAAGCAGAGGAAUAAGCGAUCAUAUGAAUUGUUCCAGGCAUUCCUUAAAGGAUUGAGGGUUAUAGCGCCUGUGGCCAGUCAAAAAAACGUGAAGCGGGAUUUCGUGUGUAACAAGUUAGUCAAAUCCGCUAGAGAGCAGACAUUCGACUACACCGACACGAGUUCAGGCACGACGGAGAAAAAGACGGUCCUAGAUUUCUUUAAGUCUAAAAAUAUCACGAUACAGUUUCCGGAUUUGAACUGUGUGUGGGUCGGAGGGAGGGACAAGAAUAUAUAUUACCCAAUGGAAUUGCUGGACGUGGCAUUUGGCCAGGCUCUGAACAGGCAACUGAAUGAAGAACAACUAAAAAGAAUGGUGAUAAACGCGGCCACUCCGCCAAAUGUACGCAAGGCGAAAAUUGAAGAAAUUAUCAGAGAUAUGAAGUACUCCAGCAAUAAAUUCUUCAAAGAGUUCGGUUUGAAUAUAUCGAAUAGUUUCUACGAAGUGGAUGCGCGUAUUCUACAACCGCCUCCGUUGGAAAUAAGCGUGGGGAAGACGAUUAUACCCAGGCGGGGAGAGUGGCGUCAACCAGGACUUUUGCAACCAGCUACGAUGAACAACUGGGGUAUCAUAGCAGUGGAUAUCAAUAGACAAUUCUGCAGUAUCACUGAUAUUGUCUCAAUGCUUGUAAACGUCUCCAAGAGGUUGGGCAUGAGAAGUGCCGAACCGAAUAUGAGACGUGAGAAUGUCACCAUGAACACGUUAUACACCAAUUUGAACGACGCUCAGAAAAAAAAUUUAAAUGUGCUGUUUGUUAUCGUCGGCUCGCAUUCUAGGGAUCUUUAUCACAAAGUAAAGCAGAUUGCUGAACGUCAAAUUGGCGUACUGACACAAUGCAUAAAGGAGGCCACGUUAAAACGUUUGAGCGAUCAAACCAUACAGAAUAUAUUGCUAAAGGUGAAUUCCAAAUUGUCGGGUGUAAACCAAGCUAUACCCAUUCGAUCGCUGCCUCGCUCUUUGGCAAACAGAGACGUAAUGGUUGUAGGUGCUGACGUCACCCAUCCUUCUCCAGAUCAGUCGUCUAUUCCGAGUAUUGCGGCUGUCACCGCAUCUAUGGAUGACAAAUGUUACGUCUACAACAUUGAACUAAGCAUCCAAACCCCUAAGAAAGAAAUGAUAGUUCAGUUCGAGGACAUGAUGGUUACCCAGUUCCAAAUAUACUUUAAACGCAACAACAGCUAUCCCAGGAAGAUUUAUGUUUUCCGUGAUGGAGUCUCCGAGGGACAAUUUGCUGAGGUGAUGAACAGCGAGUUACAAGCUGUUCACAAGGCUUACCAAAGGGUAGUUGGACCCAGACAUAAACCAGAGAAACCCGAAGUCCUGUUCCUUUUGGUACAGAAGCGUCAUCAUACAAGAUUUUUCUUGAAAAACAAUCCGAAUUACAACGUGGAGCCCGGCACAGUGGUAGACAAGGAUAUAGUUCACGCCAGCGAAUUAGAUUUUUACAUGGUGUCCCACAAAGCCAUAAAAGGCACCGCCCGUCCCACGCGCUACCACGCGGUCUGCAACGACAGCGCCAUGCCGCACGACGAGGUGGAACAGUUGGCCUUCUACCUGUGCCACAUGUUCUCCCGCUGCACCAGAUCCGUGUCAUAUCCGACACCCACGUACUACGCGCAUUUGGCCUGCCUCCGAGCGAGAUCUCUCACUCACGGUGAAACUUUCGAUAACGAUGCAUUGGAAAAGGAACCUCGUCGUCUGCGAGUCUUGGAAUCUAUUUGGAGAUACAACCCCAUGUUCUUCGUUUAAAUUUGUAUGAGCUUAUAUAGUCCAUUUCUUUAGGUGCGAAAUAAAGCUUGAUAUGCUUUGUUUGAAAAACAAUUUUUUAAAUUAAUUAUAAAAAAAAAACAAGAAACAAAAUAAAGAACAGAUGUCAUUUGCUAUUAUAUAUCAAUACUUUAUUUUAGAAAUUUAUUUGAUAAAAAGAUACAUCAAUAUUGAUUAUUUUUGCUUCAGUACGUAUGUACCUAAUAAAAUGGACUAUAUUAUAUUGUUUUUGUUUUAACUUUGUGAGAUAUUAUGUAUUGUAAAAUAUGUGUGUUUUUUUAUUAUAUUUUUAUAUUAAGUAAUAAAAUGAAUCUAUAUAAUUGAUUAUCAAUAAUACAUUUAAAAAAGUUUAAAAUAUCUAAGAUUUUUUCAAUAAAAAAACUUAUGAUACCAAAAAAAAAAAUGUUUGAAAAUAUAUUUUUAUGAUUUAAUUCUAUUCCUAUAUUUAGAAAGAAACCUGUGAUUUUUGGUUAAUAUUGUAAGACUGAUUCAUUUGCAUUGACUUAUUAUUGCGUUUGAUAAUUAAAGUUAGGUUUUACCUAUGUAUUGCAUUAUUGCAAAAGAUAGCUGCAUUAUUGGUGAUUACAGCUAGGAGGCUGAAUGUUAUCGUAAUUUGGAGGUAAAGUCUAUUAAAUUAUGUGUCGAUAUGUUGUAGAUACAUUUAGUAGAAUAGUUUGUUAGUCUGUAGUCUGUAUCAUAGUAUUCAAUGUCAAAAUCUACGUUUGCUCGACAUUAGUCAGAUUCUACAUUGGACUCGACUAUACUACUGAGACUAUCGACGGUAAAUAGACAUACUCCUACCUUCCGGUGUUAAAACAGGUUACAUCCAAACCUUUUAGGAGAAGGGCCCAAGGUGCGCUGUUUGACAAUGAUCCUGGAUGGGUGAGUCAGGAUUUUACACGAAGCAUCUUUUACAGGGGAAGCUUACCCUCAUUGGAUCUUGCAUUCAGCCUUUAGUCGCCUUUUACGACAUCCGUAGGAAAGAUAUGAGAUGGUCAUUCUAUCAAAGUGGCAGGAACCACAUAAAAAAUUAACUCACUCAUUAUUUUAAAAAAAUUCGGACUUACCCCACGAUUACGAAAUCAGCUUCCUUUCAUAUUGUAACUAAAUGAGCAAUCAUCUAUUAUUUUGUUUUUUAAAAAUCUGAAAUUUGUACAUAAUUCAACGCCAUUGAAUCACCAAACGUUAUUUUCAAGUAAUAAAUAUUGCCCAAAUCUUCGACAGGGUUUUCCAAUAAUAUUUCUUGUAGUAUAUAAUACGUUAAAAAUAAAAAUGUAAUCAAUAUUGUAAUACGUGUAGGCAUUAUGUAUCUGGAUGUUUUUAUUUUAUGACCGCCGCCGUCAUGUUUACCGACCGAUUGAAUCGUGCUUUCGUCACGAACUCAUUUCGUCACGAACUCAGUUCGUCACCAUGUUCCGUAAAAUUGGUAUGAUCUCUGCUGAUCUGGUCUGAUCCAGAUGACAGCAGGAUGGAACGAUAAAUAUGACGUAGGUGCGAAAAAGAUAGAGCAUAAUAGUAUUGAAUGUGUCAUAGAGAUAUAUUUUAAGAAUUGAUUCCUGAAUUCGAAACUGGAAGGAGUUUUGAAGAUUGAUGUUUAAGAUUAUCUUUUCAAUUAUUUAAUGUUUAGUUAGAUGAUGCCAAUAAGAAGUUAACACCAAAAAAAUUGUGUUAACUUCUUAUUGGCAUACGACAUGCAUUAUUAAAGCCUUAUACAAAUCGAUCUGUGACAGAUGUCAUAUGCAUACGUUUUAUUGUCUGUCUUCAACGCACAUACGGUAUAGUUAUCUUUUAAUGUUGCUGUCACAAAGAUCAACUUAUAAGAAUUAAGUAUAGAAGCACUUCUGAAAUUGCAAAAUUUCUAUAAUUUUUUAAACACUUCGUAUCCAUGAUGGCUGCCUUUUAAUUCAUAUUUUUUGUUGUACGAUAAGUUGUUAAAUAAGUCUGCCUGUUAUGUAUUUGGGGAGUUAUAUUUUGAACUAUGCUAAAUUGCAGUAAUAAUAAUCAGUAGAAAGUUAAAACAUCCCUAAUACAUACAGUUUUACUUCAAAUGUGUAUUUUAAACAUAAUUAUUACUAAGGAAUUUAAUCAGCUGACGAAAAUAAUUUCAAAUUAAUAAUAUCAAACAUAUUUUCCGGUAUUUUAAAUAACAAAAUGUAAGUAAUUUUAUUCAAAUAACCAUUAAUGUUUUUGGCAAUGUUAUUGUAAUAAAAAGGUUUGUGCAGACAAGAGAUUUUUUGGGUGAAAAAUAAAACGUCUAUUACGUAUAAAUAAGAGUUCUCGGACGGAUUCACGUUCAGAAUUCAUCCAAUCAGGUAACGUUUGCAGAUAAUGGUACACUUUGAUUGGUUUGUUUCAUAAAUUUCUGAUUUCGUAUGAAUGAAACUUAUCGUAAUGUAGGUAAAGUGAAGGUUUUAAAGUUAGCAAAACGAAGUACCUUACCUCCUUUACAUAAAUUUGUGUAUUAUGAUCAUUGUUUUCGCGCUAUUUAAUACAGGUACUCGUAUUCUAGGCAAAAGUCUCUUCUCUGCGCUUGCCCCUACUAAAUUU